AUGAAUGACUGGCAAAUGAAGAGCCCUCUCGACUGGGAAACGUACGUGAAUAAAAUGGUGAAAGUUGCUGCAAUCGAGAAAUGUGAAUACGAAGGCUGGGUGUUAACAGUUGAUCCAGUUUCUGCCAGCAUUGUCCUUGCAACAUUCCUCGAGAACGAGAAAGUGUCCAUAUCAGUUGUCUUGGGCCAUGCUGUCCAGGACGUCGAAAUACUGAAAGAAGGGGAUGAGGAAAUGAGGCAACGUCUUUCCUGUAUAUUUGAGCCUGAAGAAAGCAAAGCCUACAGCCCAGAGGAACUAGAAAAGAGGAAAAACGACUUGAAGUCUUGGCUAGAAAGAAACCACAUCCCCGUAACAGAGCAAGGUGACUCGGGAAGAACGCUGUGCGUGGUGGGGGUGCUGACGAUUGACCCCCCGUACGGCCCAGAGGACUGCAGCAGCUCCAACGAGAUUAUUCUGUCUCGGGUUCAAGGCUUGAUACAGGGCUACCUUGAAAAACAAGUGACAGCUGCUGAUUAA